AUGGCCUUUGAAGACGGCGCCGUCCUCGGUGAAUCCCUUUCACGACUUCCAAAUAGUCCUAAUAUUACCAAGACCUCCCCCGAAUUCCUCGCAGCAAAGCGACACGCCCUAGGUGUUUUCCAGGAAUGUCGCAAGCAGCGGACAAAAAUGGUAGUUGAGAGAGGCAAUGUUCAGCAGUAUCUCUACCAUCUACAUGACGGGCCAGAACAAGAGGAAAGAGAUCGCAAGAUGCAGAUGGUACCUACACCAGAAGGAGAGGCUUUGGCUUGGAGAGAUCCCGGUCUAGCACCCAAGCUUCUAGGAUACGAUCAUAUCGCAGAUGUGAGUUUCUCAUCUAUUUUCGCUAUCCAGCCUGAUUUAGCUAAUAAUGAUAGGUUGAUCGAUGCUGGAAAAUUCUACCGUCUCAUGAUAUGA